GUGUGACUGUGAGUUUGGGGAUAGUGGAGCCGCCGCUCAGAGCCGCUAUGACAAAGGAGGAGAUUCAGGGUGCCCAAGAGGACCAGGCACAGUCCAAGAAGGCUGCCAAGAAACUACAGAAAGAAGCGGAGAAAGCUGCCAAGAAGGCAGAAAAACAGGCUAAACUGGCAGCAGAAAGUCAAGUAGCUGAUGGAGAGGACAUUGCUAAAGACAGAUAUGGAACUCCUGCAAUGAUCCAAUCACAGGAAAAAAUUGACCGUGUGUUGGUUCAUGUGAAAGACCUGACUGAAGAGAAAGUUGGCCAGGUUGUUUGGCUCCGAUCCAGAGUUCAUACUAGCAGAGCCAAAGGGAAGCAGUGCUUUUUAGUCCUGCGUCAGCAGCAGUUUAAUGUCCAAGGACUUGUGGCUGUGGGAGACCAUGUAAGCAAGCAGAUGGUCAAAUUUGCUGCUAACAUCAACAAAGAGAGUAUAGUGGAUGUGCAGGGCAUUGUGCAGAAGGUUGAUCAGAAAAUUGAGAGUUGUUCCCAGCAAGAUGUUGAGCUGCACAUUGAAAGAAUCUAUGUUAUCAGCACAGCUGAGCCACGUCUGCCUUUGCAGCUAGAUGAUGCAGUUCGUCCUGAGACAGGAGAGGAGGAAGGAAGAGCAACUGUUAACCAGGAUACAAGGCUUGAUAACCGAGUCAUUGACUUGAGGACAACGACAAGUCAGGCCAUCUUUCGCCUGCAAUCUGGUGUCUGCCAACUGUUUCGGGAAACAUUAAUCAAUAAAGGAUUUACAGAAAUUCAGACUCCAAAAAUCAUCUCAGCUGCCAGUGAAGGGGGAGCCAAUGUGUUCACUGUGUCGUACUUUAAAACCAGUGCUUACUUAGCUCAGUCACCACAGCUUUACAAGCAGAUGUGUAUUUGUGCUGACUUUGACAAAGUAUUUUGUAUUGGACCUGUGUUCCGAGCUGAGGACUCCAACACACAUCGUCACCUGACUGAAUUUGUUGGGUUGGAUAUUGAGAUGGCUUUUAAUUACCACUACCAUGAGGUGGUAACUCAGAUAACUGAUACAUUGGUCCAAAUCUUCAAAGGCUUGAGAGACAGGUAUCAGACUGAGAUUCAAACAGUGGGCAAGCAAUUCCCAAGCGAACCUUUUAAGUUCUUGGAACCAACUUUGAUACUGGAAUAUCCAGAAGGUGUGGCCAUGCUGAAGGAAGCUGGUGUGGAGAUGGGAGAUGAAGAAGAUCUGAGCACUCCAAACGAAAAACUAUUGGGUCGCCUGGUGAAGGAAAAGUACGAUACAGACUUCUAUGUCCUCGACAAGUAUCCUCUGGCUGUGAGGCCUUUCUAUACAAUGCCGGACCCACACACUGCAAAAUACUCCAACUCGUAUGACAUGUUCAUGAGAGGAGAGGAAAUUUUAUCUGGAGCCCAGAGAAUCCACGAUCCUCAGCUUCUGACUGACAGAGCACUCCAUCUUGGCAUAGAUGUGGAGAAAAUAAAAUCAUACAUUGAUUCCUUCCGUUUUGGUGCUCCUCCCCAUGCAGGUGGUGGAAUAGGUUUGGAACGUGUUACCAUGCUGUAUCUGGGUUUGCACAAUGUACGGCAGACAUCUAUGUUCCCACGUGACCCCAAAAGGUUGACUCCCUGAGUCAACCUUAAGGAUGAAUAGAUCUGCUUUGAUAAACUGAUAUGCAUAAAUGAUCAGUCAUAUGUUAAAAUGACUGAUAUGUUAAAAAAGUGCCACAAAAACAGUUUUUACCAAUCCAUUGUAAUUUGUUCCAGAAUGUAAAUUUGAUACAGUAUUACUACUUAAAUAUUUCUUAAACUAAUGUACUGAAAUUACUGUAGAAAAUACAUUACUUAAUCAUCUGUAAUGUAAAAAAAGAUAUUUAGUUUUAACAAUAAAAAGGCUCAGAAGAAAUGUAUAACCUAUUAUGUUUACAGACAGUCUAUCAGGUGCAAUGUUGGAAUUUACAAGGUGGCUUGUAGUAAUAAUCUCAAAUUGGAGUGGCAAAUGGAAGUAAAGCAGACUAGGAAUUUAUAAUGGCAACAAAAUUUGGAUUUUAAGAAAUUCUAAACUUAAGAAUUGUCAAUAAAAUUAACAAUUAAC